AUGACUGAACUAGAUGAAAUACGUUCGAUCACAUCUCAACAACAUUUUAAUACUGGGACUUCUGAAGAUCGACAGAUUUCUCAAUCUGAAGUAAUAACAACAUCUUCAAAUGAAUCUGCAGAUUUUAGUCAAAUAAAUAAUGUGAAUAUGAAUCCGAUUACGGAUGAAUCUGAUGAUGAACCAUUAUUAUAUAUUGGUCCAGUGGGAAAUAAUCGUAAGUUCUAUUCACACUAUUAUUUUGAAAUUCUUGCUGGUUCUAUAAUUAUCGUCUCAAUUAUCAUUAUUAUUGCUGGUGGAUAUUAUUUUACAAGAGAUUCUAUACCACCUACAAGAUCCACUAGAUUUACAGUAUUUUCAAUGUUUCCAAGUUCUUUAACAUCGACAAGAUCGAACGUGUUUACAACAUCUACAGAGUUCCCAGGAUCGAAUAUCACAUGCAAUAAAGAAUCUGGAAGAGGUAAAUCAUGUGCAACGUACGAUUCAAAUCCAACUUUAUUGAUUAGACUCGAUAGUCUAUUAUCGAAAAAAUAUUGGUAUUUUUCAUACGGAUAUAUAGCUCGAGCGAACACAAGUAUUAUUACAUUUGUUUUCGACGAAGGUUCACAAUGGAAUCUAGAUGAUUUAUCUAUUUACGAUAGUUUAAACAAUAUUGAAUUAAUUGAAGAUGGUAGCUUUGAAGGUGGUUCAUUAUACGCAUAUUGUGAAUGUGGUGCAAAAUUUCGAACGAAUGAAUUAACAACCAAAAGUAAUCAUUCAGGUUCUUAUUCAUAUGAACCUAGUAGUUUUUUCUCUUUAAUCAAGUUAUCACAAGCAGUAGAUACUAUAGUUGGACGGAAUUAUAACAUCAGUUUCUGGUUGAAAAAUCAAGGUUUUGGAGAAAAUAGUGUCUCUGUAUAUAUGAGUGUAGCAAAAGGACGAAAUAGUGAAAUCCAAGAGACUUCAAAAAAUAUUAUGAACGUUUCAACUGAAGUAUCUGUUAUUUCUUCAACUUAG